UGUUAACUGAUAAUUCUUUUCUUUUCUUUUUUUUUAUGUCAUUACUUGUGUUACCUUAUGAAAUACUUGAAACCAUUCAAAAUCAAGUAACGAAUAUUAAUAUCCAUCGUAAAAAUGGUGAUACCAAUACAAUGGGCAAGAUAAUGACAGAUAUGCUUCAAACAGUGGAUGGAUUAGUAUCAAGAUCAUAUGAUCAAUAUAUCGACUUGGAAGUGUUGCCUGAUGGAUUAGAAACUAAUUUCCCUGAUCGGGUGACUUGGAGAGAUAUCAGCAGAGCAAAUCAAUUAGUGGGAUCUACUUUGGUAAGAAUGGUUUCUGGUGAAUUAAUGGCUAACGAUGAACAAGAUGAUGAACGAAUGGAAAUGGCUGCAAGAUUAUUGGCUCAUUUAUCUGGUAGAGGAGCUGCUGGUGCUUUGACAAGAACUUGGCACUUUCCUUUCCUUGAUGCUAAUGGUGAUUUGAACCAACUUCAAAUUAAACUUCAUGAACCAAGUUAUAUAGGAAAUGAUAUUGGUUUCAAAACUUGGGGUGCUGCUCCUUUAUUAGCAAAGAAACUCUUGCAACAAAAUAUCAUACCUGACAUACAACAUCGAGAAGUACUUGAACUUGGUACAGGAACUGGACUUGUUGGACUUGUAUGUGAAAAGUUAAAAGAUGGAUUAGGCAAAGUGACGGUAACUGAUUAUCAUCCAAGUGUCUUAAAAAACGUGGCUAUCAAUGUGGAACUCAAUCAUUCUACUUGUCAAGUAUCAAAACUGGACUUUAUUCAGGUGGCAACCUCUAUAGAAGAAACGGAAUGGAACAAUAGGACAUUUAGUAUAGUGAUUGCCAGUGAUCUGCUUUAUGAAAUGGAACACGCGGAAUAUUUACCUGUGGCAGUGGAAAAACUUAUGGAAAACGAUUUUUAUUUUAUGAUUCCUUUACGUGAUACUCAUUGGAAAGAAGUGAAUCGAUUUGAAGAAAAAAUGAUACAAGUGGGACUAAUACAACGGAUGGUUGAAGACAAGGAAAUUCAAGAAGAUGAAGGCAUUGUUAGAUAUAGGUAAACGCACAAAUAUGUAUACAUACAUACAGAUAUAGAUAAACAAAUAAUAACACUAAACUACACAUAUAAUAUAUACUAAGCACUAAACACUUUUUUUUGAUCUUCUUAAUUUAGAUACUAUGAAUAUUCAAGAAAAGCAGUAGUAUAAGGGUCAGCCCGUGAUCCUGAUCACAAGGUUUGUACCAAAUAAGUGUUCUCGUGGGCAAACUGUUAUUUGGUACAAACCUUUAUAGUUUUUUAGUACGUCAUAGGAUAGAAGCUCUCACUCCACUUCCCUCG